UGCAGACUACGAGAUAGUUCUGUUUUUUUUUUUUUUUUUUUUUUUUUUUCAGUUUUUUAAUACACGUCAGCCGGUGUGCGGCACUUGAGCGGCCUUCCCUGUAGCCCUUCUGGUCUUGGUAACGGUGAUGCUUUCCUCCGCAUACUUGGGAGGAGUCCACCUUCUUCCUCACCCUACAAACCCUCACUCACGCCCUCCACGGAGCCUCACACCUGAUCUUCUCCACAACUUCAACACCCCUUUUGAACUCAAACAGGUCCAUGCCCACCUCGUCAAAACCAACACUUCCCUCUCAAUUCUCCCUCUCUCUCGGCUCUGCUCCGUUUGCGCUCUCACCCCUAGUUUCGCUUACGCCCAACGAAUCCUCGACCGCCUCGGAAAGCCCGACAUCGCAUUCUGGAACUCGUGCUUGAAAACCUUUGCUGAAAGCGAUUCUCCGAGUGAUGCAAUCUUGCUUUUCUAUCAAUUGCGUCAGUUCGAUGUUUUUCCCGACACCUUCACUUGUUCUUUUGUUCUUAAGGCGUGCUCCCAGUUAUCGGAUAUUUUACAUGGCAGAAUUGUUCAUGGUUAUAUGGAGAAGCUUGGGUUGCGGUCCAAUCUAUUUUUGCAAAACAUGAUUGUUCAUUUAUAUGCUCUGUGCGGAGCACUUGACGAUGCUCUGCUAAUGUUUGAGAAAAUGUUACAACGAGAUGUCGUGACGUGGAAUAUAUUGAUAAAUCAAUUGGGGAAGAGGGGAGAUAUUGAGGAGGCUUUUGAUUUCUUUUCGCGAAUGCCCGUGAGAAGUGUAAGGUCAUGGACGUCUAUGAUUGCUGGCUAUGUCCACUGCGGGAAGCCCAAGGAGGCUAUUCACAUAUUUAUGAAGAUGGAAGAGGAAGGUCUGAAGCCAAAUGAGGUGACAGUGGUGGCUAUUCUUGCAGCUUGUGCUGAUUUGGGUGCCUUGGAUUUGGGCAGAAGGGUUCAUGAUUACUCAAACAGAAGUGGGUUUAGGAAGAAUAUUCAUAUUUCUAACACUUUGAUCGAUAUGUAUGUCAAAUGUGGAUGCUUGGAGGAUGCUCGUAAAUUAUUUGACGAGAUGGAAGAACGGACAAUUGUGUCGUGGUCGGCAAUGAUUGCAGGGCUUGCAAUGCAUGGGCAAGCUGGGGAAGCUUUGAGACUCUUUUGUAAGAUGAUUCAGAUAGGCAUGAAGCCGAAUGAUGUGACCUUCAUUGGACUAUUGCAUGCUUGUAGCCACAUGGGAAUGAUAGACAAGGGGCGCGAAUUUUUUGCCAGCAUGACUAGAGAUUACGGGAUAAUUCCCAGUAUUGAGCAUUAUGGUUGUAUGGUUGAUCUAUUUAGUCGGGCAGGCCUUCUUCAAGAGGCCUACGAGUUUAUCAUGAAAAUGCCUAUAAAAUCCAAUGGGGUUGUGUGGGGAGCUUUGCUCGGUGGAUGCAGAGUCCACAAAAACAUUGAAAUGGCUGAAGAAGCAAUCCGACACCUUUCUGAACUGGAUCCACUUAAUGAUGGAUACUAUGUGGUUCUAUCAAACAUUUAUGCGGAAUCACAACGCUGGGAGGAUGCGGCAAAAGUGAGAAAGUUGAUGAGAGAGCAUGGAGUGAAGAAAACCCCUGGGUGGAGUUCAAUCACGGUAGAUGGAGUGCUUCAUGAGUUUGUUGCUGGGGACGAAUCCCAUCCUCAAGCUGAGGAGAUAUUCCAGAUGUGGGGCAAACUACUUCAAAAAAUAAAGCUAAAAGGAUAUGUACCAAAGACUUCAGUUGUACUGCUGGAGAUAGACGAGAAUGAGAAGGAGAAAUUUCUAUAUCGUCAUAGCGAGAAAUUAGCACUGGCUUUUGGGUUGAUGAAAACACCAUCCAGAAUGCCGAUUAGGAUACUGAAAAAUCUUCGUGUUUGUGAGGACUGUCAUGCUGCUUUCAAACUUAUCUCAGAGAUUGUCGAUCGAGAAAUAGUUGUGCGAGACAGAAAUCGGUUCCAUUGUUUCAAAAACGGUUCUUGUACAUGCAGGGAUUACUGGUAGUUUUUCUCCAUGUAGAUUGUUAUUAUGCAAUUUUCAUCAUUUUGAAAAGCAUUCAAUUGAAUUUCACAUCAAAGAUUUGUUCUGUC